AUGUUCACAGUAAUAAACUCAGUAAGCAGCUCAGUCACAAAAAAACUCGAAGAUAAGGAAAAGGCAAAAAUACUCACUGAAUACAAUAAGGCACUGAACACAAUGAAAAUCGACAAGUUCUUGACCAUCGAUCCAAAGCACCAAGCAAACAUCGCACUGUACUCAAAAGCAACACAGUACUUAAUGUCAAACUACACUCAAAAGAAAAGCUUGGCAGAGAUUGAGGCAAAUAUUCAUAAAUACAGGUUCCUAGAAUAUAGAGACGCACUAUUCAACAUUGCACGAAGAUCCAUGGACGAGCAGGAAAAUUACAUAAAAGCAAGAAAGUUUCUCAACAUUGCACGACAGAAGAACUUCAUAUGCAAUACACUGUAUGAGCUUGAGCAAAAAUUAGAGAAUGAAUGGAUUCCAAAGUAA